AGUAAUGGAUAGUUCCCUUUCAAUCCGUUGGGAAAACAAAAAUGGAGCUCGAACCACCACCACCACCACCACCGAUCGAACCACCGUCCACGUGUCCUGAUCAAAGCACGGCGUCGGAUCCUACUGAGGAUGACCGCACCGAAUCAAAACCCUCUCUGAGCCAGACCGAUAUCUUGAGAGCCCUAGAGGUGGUGGAGAGAGACUCUUCGGCCAUCGCAGAGAGCUACGGUUCUCUCUUCGCUUCUCUUCGUUUAGCUCUAUCUGAGGUUACUAGUAGCUCAGUUGAUCAUAUGCAAUGUUUCAGUGAUGCGGCGGGUCGCCUUCAAGAAUCUGUUCUUGAUGCAUCAACAAAGGGGAAUCGGUAUAUAAAUUCGUGUCUCAGAUUAAAUGAGGAGAUGAAGGGCGUAGACAGUCUAGCUACACAGCUAAAACUCCUGAGGAGAAAUGUAGAUGCUUUAGACUCUGCUGUGAACAAGCUCCUCCGUCUUCCAUGAAGUUUUAGCUGCUUGGAUCAGUCUUUACAUCAAUUUCAUAAUCAUGAUCCUUUACCUCCUCUCUAUAAAUGUAUGGUUAUUUUGUUUGGGAAUUAGAAAUUGAUUUUAUGAUAAUACAGAAACAAUUUUCUUUGAACAUUUUGAGUUCUGAUAUGCUUAACAAGCUGCCCAGUCAUUGCAAAACCAACCAGGAGAUUUUCACCUUUUGGCUGAUUAGUUUAGGAUUUUGAACGCUUUGUUAACUUCUGCCUAUUUUGGUCAAUAUUUGAAUCGGCUCAUUCCAAAUUU